AUGCAGGAGGCUACACCAGCAGCUGCUUCCACUGCAAAGCCACAGGAGCAGAAGGAACUGGUACCCGACCUUUUGGGGCAGCAGGAGGAGGCUACACCAGCAGCUGCUUCCACUGCAAAGCCACAGGCUGAAGGGACAGUGGGCCCUGAAACAGCUGAAGUGGUGCCAGUUCAGGAGCAGAAGGAACUGGUACCGGACCUUUUGGGGCAGCAGGAGGAGGCUACACCAGCAGCUGCUUCCACUGCAAAGCCACAGGCUGAAGGGACAGUGGGCCCUGAAACAGCUGAAGUGGUGCCAGUUCAGGAGCAGAAGGAACUGGUACCCGACCUUUUGGGGCAGCAGGAGGAGGCUACACCAGCAGCUGCUUCCACUGCAAAGCCACUGGCUGAAGGGACAGUGGGCCCUGAAACAGCUGAAGUGGUGCCAGUUCAGGAGCAGAAGGAACUGGUACCGGACCUGUUGGGGCAGCAGGAGGAGGCUACACCAGCAGUUGCUUCCACUGCAAAGCCACUGGCUGAAGGGACAGUGGGCCCUGAAACAGCUGAAGUGGUGCCAGUUCAGGAGCAGAAGGAACUGGUACCGGACCUGUUGGGGCAGCAGGAGGAGGCUACACCAGCAGUUGCUUCCACUGCAAAGCCACAGGAGCAGAAGGAGCUGGUACCGGACUUGUUGGGGCAGCAGGAGGAGGCUACACCAGCAGUUGCUUCCACUGCAAAGCCACUGGCUGAAGGGACAGUGGGCCCUGAAACAGCUGAAGUGGUGCCAGUUCAGGAGCAGAAGGAACUUGGACCGGACCUUUUGGGGCAGCAGGAGGAGGCUACACCAGCUGCCUUCUCCGCGCCCAAGUCAUAAUUUGCUGAAGCAGCUGGUGAGCGCUCCAAAACGGGGCGCUGCAGAGAGCCAAGGACAGAGGAACAUGGCGACUUGACAGAUAGUGAGAAUCCAGUGGAUUUAUUGAUUUCGCAGUGAAGUCACCGUUUGGCAAACUUGAUUUGCAACUGAAAGCCACCAAUGGCUCUUGGAUGAUCUUCUCUGCAUCUUGUCCCUUCCAGUGGCUCACUGAACCGUUUU